AUGAAUUCCAUUUCUGAUCUAGAAGGCAAGACCAAGGUGGCUUCCCCGGAGAAGCCUAUCAGUGAUGAGGAGCAGCUGGCUGCCCUCGGUCAUGUCCAGGAACUACGGCGUGAAUUUUCACUGUGGUCUAUUGUGUGUCUUCAGAUCUCAUUGAUGGCAACGUGGGAGGCACUCUCGUCCGUAGUGGCUACGGCUUUGACCAACGGUGGCGCCCCUUGUUUGUUUUAUAACUACCUAAUUUCCUUGAUCGGCACAAUUUUCGUUGUCCUGUCAUUGUGUGAGAUUGCUGCAAUCUAUCCUACUGCAGGAGGACAAUAUCACUGGGUCCAUUGUCUCACUCCGGCAUCAUAUCGAGCUACAGCAUCAUGGUUUACAGGCUGGAUAUCUAUCGGUGGCCAACUCGUCCUCGCCGCUUCAGCAGCGUUUGCCGCCGGGCUACAGCUACAGGCUCUCAUUACCCUCAACAACCUCGACACAUAUAUCGGGACAAGAUGGCAGGGGAUGCUCUUUUACUGGUUAAUCUUGGCGUACUCCACGGCGGUCAAUAUCUUUGGCUCCAAGAUUCUACCUCAUACCAACACCACGGCUGGCAUAUUGCACGUAGUUGGAUUUAUCGCGAUCGUCUGCGUCCUGGGCACCAUGUCCGACAAACAUUCAGCCGACUAUGUUUUUAAGGACUUUUCCAAUACCAGUGGCUGGACAAGUGACGGAGUCUCAUGGCUGGUGGGGUUGCUCAGCACUGUAUACCCCUUUCUUGGAUACGAUGCCGCCUGCCACCUAAGCGAAGAACUUCCCAAGCCCUCACGUAACGUGCCCCUGGCCAUGAUCGGCAGUGUCGCCAUCAAUGGAAUGAUUGGCCUUAUCUAUGCGAUCGUCCUGCUGUUCUCUCUGGGCAAUCUGCAGGACCUCCUAGAGUCAAAGACAGGAUUCCCCUUCAUGCAACUAUUCCUCAAUGUGACAGGCUCCCCAGCCGGUGCCUCCAUUAUGGCGCUUUGCAUUACCCUGGUGGCCUUGGCUGCCAAUGCUGCCGGUACAACCUCAACCAGUCGCACGGCAUGGGCCUUUGCGCGCGACCAUGGUCUACCUGGUUCUGGAUUCUUUUCGUACGUUAACCCCACCCUACAGGUGCCUGUGCGCAUGGUGGUGGUUGUCGGCUUCUUGCAGAUGCUGCUGGGUCUGAUCUACCUCGGAAGCUCAACUGCCUUUAAUGCCGUUCUCUCUAUGGCUAUUCUAGGCAUGUACGCGUCCUACUUCUCUCCAAUUUUGUUCAUGCUUCUUUAUGGUCGACGAUCAUGCUCAUCCACCAUCCGUGGAUUGGGAUCGGGUAUGUUCGAUCUCGGACCGCGAUGGGGCCCAGUGGUGAACGUUAUUGCGCUAAUGUGGCUGGUCCUCGCAAUGGUGUUCAGCACAUUCCCCACCGUCGAGCCUGUGACGCCUAACAACAUGAAUUACUGUGUGGUUGUGAUGGUGGGCUGGGUUUUCAUCGGUGGAGUCUACUAUUAUGCUUGUGGUGGAAAGAGGCGAUUUUCAGGACCGGUGGUGGAUUUGGCAGAAGAUAUAUAA